AUGCAAGAGUAUAAAAUGAUAGAAGUUUUGGAUUAAUUUUAGUGCAGAGAAAAGCACAAUUAAUUAGCGACAAUAAUUUUACUUGAUCCAAAACUAAAUAAGAAUGAGAGAUUUCUAUGUUAAGAAUGUUAUGAUAAUCUUUUAGGAUCUAAGAAUAUGUCUCUUAAAGCAAUGUAAAAAAUCAUAGAAGAUUAACUAAAGAAAAAGAGAUUAAUGAUAAUUGAAAUUGUAGAUUCGUACAUUAAUGUUAUUUAGUAAUACACUCUCAAUCUUGAAAAUUUUAAGACAAAAUUGGUAUCAGCUAUUGAAAAAGCUUAAAAUGCCACAUAAAAUUGGAUUAGAGAAUUAAUUUAAAAAAAAGAAGAAACAGAUACAUAUAGCUUUAUUGAUGAAUCAGAAAAUUAUAUAAAAAAUCAAAAAAGUUAUCUGCAUUAAUUUUCGUUUGAUUUUAUAGAUAAAAUAAACUCUUCAUAAUUUAUCAAAUUAAAAUAAGGAAUCAAAGAUUUAAUUUAAUCACAUUCAAUUCAUCAAUUCAAAGAGUUUUUCGUAAACCUUAUGAAUAUUAAGUAGAAUAGAAAAUAGGUAGAAACGCUAGAUAUGAAUGAAAAAUAAGAAAAAGUUGAAUGGAAACUCUCGAAAUAUGGUAAUAUUCAAUUGAUGUAAUUAAACAAUUCUAUUAAGCAAGAAAAUAUGUGCAAAGCUUUAGCAUUUAAUUUUUAAGGAAAUAUUUUAGCAUCUACAAAUGAAUCUGAAAUAAUAAUUUGGGAUUUUGAUUAAGGUAAAUUGAAUUUUAAUCAAAAAUUAUAAUAAACUAGUUUUAUUAAUUGUUUAAUAUUUAGUAAAAAAUAGAAUAGCUUAAUUUCUUGCUCUUAAUAUAUGGUUUGUUGGAAAUUAAUUGAAUUAAAUUAAUGGCAACCUUCAUAAUCUUAUAAAUCAUCCGAUACAUUAUGUAUUGUUCUAAAUUCAAAAGAAGAUGAACUUAUUUUAGGAUGUAAAGAUACAACAAUAAAUAUUUGGGCCAUAGAUUUCCAGUAAAAUAAAUUAUAAUAUUUAUAAUCUUUAAAUAAACAUACAUCUUGGGUUAGUUCAUUAAGUUUUAAUUUAUCUGGAAAUUUCUUAGUAUCUAGUGGAUUUGAUAAUUAAAUCUUAUUAUGGUAAAAAGAUUAAGAUAAUAAAUGGAUUUUUAUGAAUUAAAUUAAAACUUAAAUUUCAAAUGAUGGAUCUAAAGUAUAAUUUUUCUAGAAUGAUAAAUUUAUAUGGUUUACAGGAACUGAAAAAUGUAAUUCUGCAUCAAUUUUUCAACAAAAAUAAUAAGAAUUUAUUUAAAUUGACUAAAUUUAAUUCAAAACUAAUUCCAAUAUCAAAGAUCAAAUUUAUUAAUCAAUUAUUUAUAAUCCUGAAAGAAAUUUGAUGUUUCUUAGAUAUAAAACAUCAAUUUAUAUACUUAGACUCUAAGAAAAUUCUAAAUUUUAGAUCGCAACCGAAUAAAAAUAUUCUAACAAUGUUAUCCAAGGAACUAUGUCUAAUAAUGGAUAAUAUUUAGUAAUCCAUGAUCAAAGUACAAAAUUAUAUAUCACUUAUGAAUUAAAAGAUGCAUGA